UCUAGAUUGAAACACAUUUUGAUGAUGUACCAUUGGAUGUGCUGUACGACACCUUACAUGACUCAGAAUAUAGACGAAUAUGGGAUAAUAUGAUGAUUGAAGAAUAUGGUUUAUGUCGAUUAGACCCUAAUUGUGAUGUGGGUUAUUAUGCAGGUACAUAAUUAUGAAGUUUGUAAAGAUGUGGAGUAGUACAGCAAUGCACAUGCUUGGCUAAAUUGGGAAAUUUCUCCCACAAGUGGCAACCUAAUCAUACAGUACUGUGCAAAAGUUUUAGGUCACCUUAGACGGCUCAAACAUCAUUGUAAAGCAACAACUUUACCUGGUUUGAAUGGAAAGGACAUAAGAAAACGAUGACUUUACUCCAUUGAACAUCUUAACGAAGUAAUUGAGAAAGCAUAUAUCCACGACAUAUUUGAUAAUGCGAGAAAUCAGACAAAAAAGUGAUUUACACAAAAAUUAAAGAUGGCCAGAAAGUGACUAUUUUGGGGUGAUCUAAAACUUCUGCACAGUACUAUAUUUUUUUCAUUUCUCCAUCAAUGUAACAUAAAAGUCUUUGAGCAUUUAGAAUUUGCAAAAAAAUUCUAAAUUCUAAAGUUUUCAAGAUAUAAAUUUUGUUCGAAAUCCUUUUUUAUAGUAAAAUGUCCAAAGCCAUUAAGAAAUCGCGACUUUGUGUUUCAACGUUACUGGACAAAAAAUCAUAAUAAUUUCAUGAUCUGCAAUCAUUCUGUACAACAUAAGGUUUGUAUAUACAUCCAUCAAUACAAAUGUGUAUAUUAUUUAUUUUUGUGUGCUUCAAAAUAUGUUUUACGUAAUACGCACCCUUCCAGAAAGUAAGAUACGUUGUCGGAGCGUGUAUGGUCAUUUUAAUUCUUUGCUCCGUAAAAUUUAAAAGCCGAAUAGAUUUGUUUUUGCUAUACUUUGGUCUGCCUGAUUGUGGAAAUCGUUAGAUAAGGAAUUUGUUCUCAACAACGUUUAAAGUAUUUGGUGAAUUUGGUUUGGCAAAUCCUUGUUUUUGUGGCAUCAAAUCUUGGUUAGUGGAAAUUUAAAUUACUUGCAAAACAAAUUAUUACGAGCGCGCGCGCUCGUAGGACGGUGAUCAACGAACGAACGUCACGUCAUCACGUGCGCCAUAACGGUCAAUUAAUCAGAAUUAAAUUAGAACAAUAACUAAUUAUAAGUCGAAGAAGGACACAAUCGUUAUAUCCUGGGCUGGACUUGUUUGGAAUUGAAGAGACAGUUGAUUUUAGCUAAAUAGCUUUUUUAAAUCAAUUGCUUAACUCAGUACUAUACAGGAAAUGUCAACGGAAAUUAAAACGUUAAACUUUGCUGAUGGAUUUCAGUGUAACUUGUGCAAGCGAUUGUUUCAAACCCAAAGAGGCAGAUCUGCGCACCUGAAUCAUUGUCUGAACAUGGAUAAUAAAAUAAAUGGAUAGGAAACUAGCUGACGUGACCUAAUGUUUUUACUGGGAUUGAUGGCGUGGUUGAAUGCCUCAACCUAGUUGAAAAUCAAAUUCUCAAAAACGGCAUGUUUAGUAAUAAUACAGCUAAACAUUUUAGUCAACGAGCAAAUAAAUGUAACCACGCCAUUCUACGAUGAAAACUCUAAGUAUUCCCAGUCAAUUUUAGCAAAUAUUUCAAGCACUAAACAGUGAAAAAUACAUCGCAAAUUUCGUUAAAAUUUGUGACGCCAAUUUCGUAGCUACAAUUGUAAAAAAAUACAAAACAAAGACGAAAAACAUUUACCUUGAAUACUUUGUCGUGGUUUAGGCAUGUUUUUAAAACAAUUAGACCAGUUUACGCUUCAAGAUCACCCUUUUAAAGUGGAAAAUACAGCAAAACAACAAAUAUGCCGAGAACUUUGGUAACAUUCGCAAUACGCGUGACGUCACGUUUUUCAACAAGGAUGCAGUCAAUGACGUCAGAAGUUUCCAAUCCAUUUAUUUUAUUAUCCAUGGUCUGAAAAAGCAAAAAUCGUCAAGUGUAGCUGCACUCGUAUCUUCCUGCAGUGGUCAACCAGAGAGUUUCGUCAUUGUUUCUAACGAAAUAGAAUUUGAAAAUACCACCGAUAACACGCCCUCGCCUGAAGCAAAUAUUCCCACAGUAUGGGGUCUUCAUACAAAAGAAGAUUUACACCAGAUUUUCAACGCAACCUAUGAAGAAAUUGUACUUUGGCGAAAGAAUGUUUUCAAGCUGCCUACUGGUGGAGCUGGAAAAAAGUUCAUUGCAGAAACUACUAGUCUUAUCAACAUGUGGAACUCAGAUUCAAUGGAAGUGAAAGAUGUUGCCCUGAAAGCUGUGAUGGUGAUGCCUGCUUUACUCCUUCAGAAACCAUCAUUUAAAUCUAAAUGUAAGCAACAUAGUGAGUGCUUACAGUACAAAGACGGUUGAAUUUGUGGAAAUUGGGAGAUUUUAAUGGUUUGUUAAAAGAGUGCAGAGCAAUUCAAUCUCGACUCCAAUCAACUUGGAAGCCAAGAUCGCCUGAACACGUCUCUCGUACGUUUGCUAACUUAAUGCUUUCUGGUAAAGUCAACUGCCAUGAGAUUAGUGGAUGACACUUCAACGUCGGGCGUUCUUCAGUUAUCAGAGGAUACAUUACGAGAACUGAAAGCAAAACAUCCUGAAGCUAUGGAAGCAGAUAAAGAAAUGUUAAUCACAGGACAUGUACCAUUUGUUGAUCCAGCCAUGUUUUCAAUCAUCGAUGAGUCGACGAUAGCCAGAGCAGCUCUACAUACAAAAGGUGCCGCAGGCCCUUCAGGAUUAGAUGCUGACGGUUGGCGAAGAAUACUCGUAUCCAAAAACUUUGGCACUGCAGGGACUGAACUUCGCUCAAAUCUUGCUGAGAUGGCCCGUAUUCUCUGUACGAAAGAACUGAAAGCUGAUUCUGACCAUCAAUCUUCAAUAGAAGUUUACGUAGCAUGUCGUUUGAUACCUCUUGACAAAUGCCCGGGGGUGAGGCCCAUUGGUAUUGGCGAAGUGAUCAGACGCAUAAUUGGAAAGUCGAUCAUCUCUGUCAUCAAACCUGAUAUUUUAAUGAGUACUGGAUCACUUCAACUUGCAGCUGGUUUACCAUCGGGAUGUGAGGCAGCAGCCCAUGCCAUGGAGGAGAUUUUCCAAGAAGAGGAAACUGAUGCCAUUCUACUCGUUGAUGCGUCUAACGCCUUCAAUUCUCUUAAUCGCCAGGUGCUUCUCCAUAACAUUCGCUAUCUUUGUCCUCCUAUGGCAACGUAUGUUAAAAACUGUUAUGGCUCACCGUCACGAUUAUUUGUAAUGGGUGGCAAAGAAAUCUUAUCGCAAGAGGGAACAACUCAGGGAGAUCCAAUGGCAAUCCAGCGUAUACAGUUGGAAUCGCACCAUUACUGCAGAUGAUACACGUUCGAGAAGAUGAUGUUAGCACUGCGAGUGAUGAGAAAGUGAAGCACGCAGCGUAUGCUGAUGAUCUCGGUGGUGCAGGAGUCCUUGGGUGUUUGCGAACGUGGUGGAAUCAAGUUGUUCACUUUGGUCCUCUCUUGGGAUACUAGUACCCGAAAGCCUCUAAGUCUUGGUUAGUUGUGAAAGAGGACAGAGUUGAUGCUGCGAGAGAGAUAUUCGCGGACACUGAUAUUAAUAUCACAUCUGAAGGACGUGCAUAUCUUGGUGGUUUUGUUGGAAGUAAGGAAUCGAGAGAAAACUAUGCGAAAGAACUUGUCAAGAAAUGGUGUGAGCAGCUGAUGAUGUUGUCAAAGAUCGCGCAGUCGGAACCACAGGCAGCGUAUGCAGCAUUUGUUUCUGGUUUUCAACAUAAACUGACCUACUACAUGUACACUCUUCCUAACCUUGGUCCAUUACUGCAGCCAUUCGAUGAAAUCCUAAACCAUUGUUUCAUUCCUGCCAUAACUGAAGGUCAUCACCGCUCCCAAGACGAACACAAACUCCUUAGUCUUCCUGCUCGUUUUGGUUGUCUUGCUAUUCCCAUCUUCUCCCAGAUCGCCGAGAGAGAAUACGAAUACUCCAAGAAAGCUAGUCAACAACUGACCGAGAACAUCAAAUCUCAGACUGUGGAGUACUCCUUUGACAACACAGCUCAUCACUCAACAAAGAAUGACAUCAAAAGAUCGAGAAAUCUGGAGCAUGAACAGACACUCGCGGGGUUACAAGAAAGGAUGAACGGGGACCAGAAACGUGCAAAUGAGAUUGCCCAAAUGAAAGGAGCGUCAAACUGGUUAACUUCACUGCCAAUAAGGGAAGAAAACUACGUCCUCAACAAACGAGAAUUCUACGACGCUAUUCGCACGAGAUACAGGUGGCCGCUCAAGUUUAUUCCAACUACUUGUGCUUGCGGGAAACGGUUCUCGGUAGAUCAUGCAUUGUCCUUUCUCAAAGGCGGCUUCGUACAUCAACGCCACGACGAAAUCCGCGAUCUUUUUGGGCAGACGGCUACCGAGAUUUCUAACGACGUGGAGAUCGAACCAAACCUUCUCCCUCUCACUGGUGAGCAACUCCAUGCAACAGCAAACGGGAAAGAUGAAGCAAGACUGGAUAUCAGUAUUGGUGGCUUCUGGCAACGUGGUCAACGAGCAUUCUUCGAUGUACGGGCGUUUAAUCCUUUCGCUCCUAGCUACAGACACCAGAAGUUAUCAACUGCUUUUUCCGCCAAUGAACGUGAGAAGAAACGCGCCUACGCCGAAAGAAUUGUGAACAUAGAACAUGGUUCGUUCACACCCUUGGUCUUUACACCUUAUGGUGGAAGUAGCAGAGAGACAGAAAGAUUUAUCUCUGUACUGGCAUCUUCAAUUGCUGAAAAGCGCAAACUUGCUGUCAGUAUAACAACGAACUGGCUCCGCUCAAAGAUAUCCUUCGCUCUACUUCGCUCGGCGAUAUUAUGUGUUCGAGGAUCACGCUCAUUGAGGAAGAAACAAACUUUUGACGCUGGGAACAUUGAAAUUGCCUCAGCUACAACCAAGCUGACAACAUACUAACAAUCUUAAUAAAAAUUCAAAACUUUUGGACAUUUAACAGUUAAAAAAAAGAAAGUUAAUUUUGUAAAUAUUAUGUUAAAACUUGUUAAUUUAAUAAAUAUUUUAUAAAUCUUAUAAAAAAAAAGAUACGUUGUCUUAGCUUAGCUUAGCCUGAACCAGUGAACUCUAAUAAGACUGGAACGAUAACUCGGCCGCCAUCUUUGAAGCCAAAUUGAAGGCCGCCAUUGGAGGUACGGCGGCGAAAAUACACCUCUUCGAAAAACUCGGAUUUCUGCCUUUCUAGCUAUGCUAGAACAUAGAUGAAAAACUUAAAAACAUCUACGAUACUUGGACUAUUGCACAAAUCAUGUUUGGAAGCCGUAGAAAAGACUUAACGUUAUUUUUUGUGUACCUGAAAGUCGUAUUUUGUUCGGCACGGAAAAUAUUUUGUUAUUUUCUUGAAUACAGAAAUGGUUCCCUUCGAGAUUUUGCUGUUAGUGGAUGUUGAAUACUUAGAACUAUCCAGAAAACCAAGUUUGAAUCUUUGAAAUUGAAAUCUUCGGACGAAAAACCUAAUUUUUCGGCGUAUUUUUGCUAAAAAAAAACAAAAUUACGAGGAAAUUGAACUCUCUCCAGUUCUUUUUUGAAAGUCACAGCGCGCGAACUUCUCCCGGGCGCCAAAUCACAAAUCGCAAAUCACGGGGGUUUCUACGGAAAAACGAUUUAUUCACGUUUUAGAGAUGUCAAAAAGCAUUCGAAAUAAACAACUAUACCUAGACUUUAAUACAAAAAAGGUAUUGGUCCGUAGAUUUAUGUUUCAAAGUAUUUUUUUUUUAGUUAAAGAGCAAAGCCGGUUCACUUCGGCACGUUCAACUAGUGUCGUUUUUAUGAAAACAAACCUAAUACCCUUCAAACUUUCGCUGUUGUGAGAUGCAAAGCAGUUCUAACUAUCAAAUAAAUCGUAUUUGUUUUUUUUUUAAUUGAAGUCUUUUGAUGAAAAACGACUUUUCUUGCUCAUUUUCGUCGAAAAUAUAAAACUUUGACUGAAUUUCCCACUCCUCGAAACUCUCCUUAGUCCUUUUAAAAGUGCAAUUUCCAUGCACGGUUGGCUUCAGGCAAGUAUGGGCAUGUUUACCUGAGUUAUCGUUCCAGUCUUAUUAGAGUUCACUGGCCUGAACACGUACCUACACCGUUUUGUAUGGCCCGCUCGCAGCCCGUAAUUUCAUUUCGGGCUAAAUUCAGUCUGUGAGCAGGCUAAUCAGCUAAUGUUUUAAUUGCUACUUUAAAUUUUCGGGUGGGUUGGUAAAAAGGCUUAGUUUAGCUUUAUUUCUUGUUAAUUGGUGACGUUAACAUCACAAGAUAAAAGGCUCCAAAGUUGGGAUCCCACUCAUGGAGUAAUUGAAAUGAAAACAUAUAAUACAAUUAUACUAUAAUUAUUUAUUUUUGUGUCGAAUGUGAAAUUUUUGGAUUUAUUUGUGGAUUUUGCUGCCAAGAGAAAUAUUUUUCUAGAUCGCAUAGUUAAAAGAGAAUUAGGUGAUGUAAUAUGUAAUGUAAGGUGGCUCCAUACAGUUUCUUCAAAGUGGGAAAGACUCAGUCUAGACCUAGGCCUUCUAUUUUUAUUUAUAUUUUUUUAAUAUUCAGCGCUUUUUCACAUGAAAAGACUGGGACUAGGUGAUUUCGGGGCGGGGCGGAGGAAGGACACAAGCCUGACCAAUCUCGUUCCCCGAGCCUGCGAUCCUCGGGAAGGAAUCGAAGGCUCUGGGAUAAUCCGUUACCGGAAGCCAAGAAUCCUGGCUAAGAUUGAACUACGCAUUCCAUUUCAAUGGCCAAUCAGAUUCCUCCCUGAAACGGAUUAUCCCAGAGCCUCGCGUUCCUUCCCGAGGAUCGCAGGCUCGGGGAACGAGAUUGAAGCCUGACGCAAGCGAAAAAAUAGAAGGCUUAGUGGAUUUCCCAACAACAAGGCCAAAACUGCCCUGAAACUGCCCUGCUUGCGAAAUGCCCAAUUAUUGCGUUCUCAAACAGAAUUAUUUGCAACUUAACAGCGAAUUUAAACCGAUACAGGUAAAAUAAACUCAUUUAUAGUAUUAACUUACUAUUUUUAUUUGUAUACACGUCUAGAAAAUCGGGUUUUUAUCAUAAAGUUUGAAGCAACACUAUUAUUAUGUUGACAAGGUGAAGCGAAAGCACAAAAUAAUGAUUCUUUUAUUCGCAAGAUAAUCUACUGUUUUGCUUUGAAUAACUAUAUUUGCGAAUUGGGAAUGAGGAUUUUGAAAUUAUUGUUCAAAUAUUACGGAUAUACCAUUUGUAAACAAUGUACGUUUUUAUAUACAGUACUGUACGGGCUAAUAAUAUAUGUAUCCGUUUUAUUUAAUAAAUUAUAAUUGUAUAUGUGUUUGUAUAUUUUACAAACACAAGACUGCUUCUUGCCAAAAUUGAGAAAAUAUAUAUCAAUGUAGUUGUGUAUAAGACAAAAUUUCAUGAAAGAUUCUACUAGCUUUUGGUAUAUAUUAUGACUCAUUUUGUGCUUUCGCUACACCUUGUCAACAUAUUAAAUAAUAGUGUUGCUUCGAACUUUAUGAUAAAAAACCCGAUUUUCUAGACGUGUAUACAAAUAAAAAUAGUAAGUUUAUACUAUAAAUGAGUUUAUUUUACCUGUAUCGGUUUAAAUUCGCCGUUAAGUUGCAAAUAAUUCUGUUUGAGAACGCAAUAAUUGGGCAUUUCGCAACCAGGGCAGUUUCAGGGCAGUUUUGGCCCAUUCUCGUACCCAGAGCCCUUCUUACGCGCGUUCGACCGAGCCCGACGAGGGGCUCUGGCCAAAUCCAUAUCAAACUGGCUUCUGAUUGGCCACAACUAAAUAUAUGGUUUAAUGUAUAAAAUAUGAAUAAAAAUCAAGCGCUCCAUGAAGCGUUGGUUUAGUUUUGGAUACAGUAAAAUUGGGAGAAAAGACAUUAUUAAAGUUGAAAGAACAGCAGUACGAAGCAGUUAGGAAGAUUGUUGUUGAUAAUCGCCCACAAAAGCGGUAGAUGUCGCUAAUUUUAUUUAUUUAAAUCAAUUAGUUGAUUGAAAUUAAUAGGUUGAGACGUGAUGUUCUCAUAGCAAAAAGUCAGCAUAUUUUAUGGCAGAUGCUCGUCGUAUUUCCAAAUCAGUGAUGUUUAUCAAACAAAUCUGUGUUACAUGUUCAAAGCUGACGUGCCAUCUGAAGAGAAAAUAUUAAAGCCAGCCAGAAUAUGAAGUUAAUUGUGAUGACUAUUUUCUUCCUAGAAACCGAUUUUUUACAAUUUUCAAAUGAUUUGCAAUAUAGUAUGUCUUAUGUAUGACUGUUGACUUUUAAUAAAACACAAAAAAGUCUAAAAAUCUGUACAACAGCGACUUAAAAUCGAAUAUAAAAUAGUGAGACAAUCUCUCGUGAGUCUCGUCUUCGUAUCCGUAGCCAUUUAUACUGCUUUGGCAACGUUUAAGAGGGAAAUAUAUACUAAAUUUUUAUCAACAUGCAUUGAGAACACAUCACGUCUUACCUACUAAUUGAUUUAAAUAAAUAAAAUUAGCGAAACCUACCGCUUUUGUGGGGUUUUCCUGGAGAAAAACUUUCAAAACGAAACAAACAAGAAAACCGAAGUGUUUAUCCGCGUUUGACUUUGAGCAUGCGCAGUGUUUAACCGGAUACCAUGUUUUCAUGGUAUCCGGUUAUGGAUUUGGCCAGAGCCCCUCGUCGGGCUCGGUCGAACGCGCGUAAGAAGGGUUCUGGGUACGGUUUUGGCCUUGUUGUUGGGAAAUCCACUAGGCCUUCUAGGCUUGCUUCCUCCGCCCCGCCCCCAAAUCACCUAGUCCCAGUCUUUUCAUGUGAAAAAGCGCUGAAUAUUAAAAAAAAUAUAAAUAAGACUAGAAGGCCUAGGUCUAGGCUGGGAAAGACUCAUUUCAGACCAAAAAAUUUUGUACAUUUAUAUUUUUAUAGAAGAAUGAAACCAGAUGCUUUGCAUGGAACAGUAUUUUGAGAAUCAGAAACUGUAACGGAAAAGUCCGUAACUGUGGUUUCAAAAUGGCUGCUAAUUUGCAUUUAAACUACGUUAAUUCGAAAAUAACGUCGGUGACCCCCAACUUUUAUUUUAUUAAAAGUUUUUUCUAGUACGAGCAACCAUUAGGACAAUUUAAAAAAAAAUUCUGUAGACCCAAAAUGUUUUAAACCGAAAAAACGUGUUUAUUCCUGACAAAAAAAUUUGGAUCUACAGAAUUUUUUAAAAAUUGUCCUAAUGAUUGCUCAUACUAGAAGAAAACUUUUAAUAAAAUAAAAAUUGGGGGUCACUAACGUUGUUUUCGUAUUAAACUAGUUUAAAUACAAAUUAGCAGCCAUUUUGAAACGUCACUGUUGCCAUAGUAACCACAGUUACGGACUUUUCCGUUACAGUUUCUGAUUCUCAAAAUACUGUUCUAUACAAGACAUCUGGUUUUAUUCUUCUAUAAAAAUAUCAAUGUACAAAGUUUGUUGGUCGGAAAUGUGUCUUUUCCACUUUUCAAGAAACUGUAUGGAGCCACCUUAAAAAGGAAUGUACAAAUGUACUUGUUUUUAAAAUUUUUGUAGAAUGCACCUAUUAGGAGAGAAUAUAUAAGAGCUACAUCAUUAAUGUCUGGAUAUAUGGGAAAAACUAAUGGGACACGUGGAUGUCAUUUUAUAUAUGUUACACAAAUGGACCCUAAAGGUAGGCAACAAUAGUAUCGACAAUAUCUUUGAGUGAUUCCACUGUAGGCAGACAUUAAUAUUUGAGAAGAUGGUUGAGGGAUGAAACUCUAUUAUGAGACACUUGGUCUAUACUUCUCUUCUAAUUGUAAUUAGUAUAAAUUCAGUAUUGAAACUGAAAUGGCUUUCAAGUGUUCUGAUUGGCUCCCUCAGCAGUAACUCUGAAGCAAUAGUUACUGCUCAGAGCAGUAUAACUAUUGCUUUCAAAACAAAAUGGCUGCCGAAAAUCUACUUGCAAACAAAUCAUCGAAGAAAAAAUUGAAGAAAUUAAAGGCACAUGCUAUUCCUCUAAAAACAAAAGAAGCAACUGACAAUAUAUGCAUGGUGUUAAACUAUUUCCGAAAGACGAAAGCACCUUUUAGAUGCCUAAAACAAUUUAUUUGGCAAUUUAAAACCGGAAAAUAACAGAAUUCCGACAGCUGGAUUCGUUUGACCUAAAAGUGGGAGAGUGAAGAAAAUUAUAUUUAUAACGUUUGUAUGUAUUAUUAUUUUUCAAUACUGAAUUUAUACUAAAACAAUUAGUCACCUCAGGGUCGGUUAUCACAAGAAUAUAUUCACUUCGCUGCUUCGCAGCUCAGUGAAUAUAGGCUUGUAAUCACCUCGCCUUCGGUGACUAAUUGUUAAAUAGCAUCUCACCGUAUUCCUAGUUAUGAUUCAUCACCAUUGGCAUUAUAAUAUAUGCUUAGCAAUACGUGUAAUUAAUCAUGUAAUAGCAUAGUUGCCCGGGUUUCUUUUGUUUCAACAGGGUCGAUUACUAACUAAUCGCCCGCUGUAGCGGGCGAUUAGUUCUAAUCGCCCGCUAGAGCGGGCGAUUAGAACUAAUCACCCGUUACCAAGGGUCACACCUUUGUCUCCCUGACGACUACGCAUUUGGCAAGUGCCUCACGCACAUAAUCGUGCAAGGAACAGCAACAGUUAGCUCAGAGCCCAGUCUAGACCUAGGCCUUCUAUUUUUAUUUAUAUUUUUUUAAUAUUCAGCGCUUUUUCACAUGAAAAGACUGGGACUAGGUAAUUUGGGGGCGGGGCGGUGGAAGGACACAAGCCUGACGCAAGCGAAAAUAUAGAAGGCCUAGUGGAUUUCCCAACAACAAGGCCAAAACUGCCCUGAAACUGCCCUGAUUGCGAAAUGCCCAAUUGUUGCGUUCUCGAACAGAAUUAUUUGCAACUUAACAGCGAAUUUAAACCGAUACAGGUAAAAUAAACUCAUUUAUAGUAUAAACUUACUAUUUUUAUUUGUAUACACGUCUAGAAAAUCGGGGUUUUUAUCAUAAAGUUUGAAACAACACUAUUUAUAUAUGUUGACAAGGUGUAGCGAAACGGCACAAAAUAAUAAUUCUUUUAUUCGCAAGACAAUCUACUGUUUUGCUUUGAAUAACUAUAUUUGCGAAUUGGGAAUGAGGAAUUUGAAAUUAGUGUUCAAAUAUUACAGAUAUACCAUUUGUAUAAACAAUGUACGUUUUUAUAUACAGUACUGUACGGGCUAAUAAUAUAUGUAUCCGUUUUAUUUUGUAUAUUUUACAAACACAAGACUGCUUCGUGCCAAAAUUGAGAAAAUAUAUAUUAAUGUACUUGUGUAUAAGACAAAAUUUCAUGAAAGAUUCUACUUUUGGUAUAUAUUUUGACUCAUUUUGUUCUUUCGCUACACCUUGUCAACAUAUUAAAUAAUAGUGUUGCUUCGAACUUUAUGAUAAAAAACCGAUUUUCUAGACGUGUAUACAAAUAAAAAUAGUAAGUUUAUACUAUAAAUGAGUUUAUUUUACCUGUAUCGCCUAUCGGUUUAAAUUCGCCGUUAAGUUGCAAAUAAUUCUGUUUGAGAACGCAAUAAUCACGGGCAAUAGGACAGGUGUAGUGUUGUUAAAUAGAAAGUUAGAAAUGGUAUUGUACUUACUCAUGUAUUAUAAUUAUGUUUAAAAGAUCAGAAUAUUCAUAACUUCUUAUUUUGUUUCAUAAAUAGUUCUUUAAUUUAAUAUUCGAAACAAAUUCCAUAUCUGCUUCGUCUGCCAUCGCCAUGUUUACUCGUCCCAAUCUACAUGCUGCACGGCAUUGCCGCCCCUCCUGGCAAAAUAAUAAGCAAGGGAGAAAAAUUAAGGAGAAAAUAAGAGGGUAGGAACACUGUGGGCGUUUCGUGGGCGUUUCAUCGCUCUGGGCGAAUCAGCUUUCUCAAUCUUGUAUCACAUGACUAAUUCAAAUCGUCAUAGGCGGGAAGCAGCAUUACACGUCAUCCCUACGUCAAAUAAAACGUUAUAAAACGCGUCGUGGAUACGUUUGUGCCAUAUAUGGAAGUUAUGGAUACGUUUGUGCCAUAUAUGGAAGUGUCACUGCAUCCAGCUUAUGACAACGAUGUUCCUACCCUCUUAUUUUCUCCUUAAUUUUUCUCGCUUGCUUAUUAUUUUGCCAGGAGGGGCGGCAAUGCCGUGCAGCAUGUAGAUUGGGACGAGUAAACAUGGCGAUGGCAGACGAAGCAGAUAUGGAAUUUGUUUCGAAUAUUAAAGAACUAUUUAUGAAACAAAAUAAGAAGUUAUGAAUAUUCUGAUCUUUUAAACAUAAUUAUAAUACAUGAGUGAGUACAAUACCAUUUCUAACUUUCUAUUUAACAACACUACACCUGUCCUAUUGCCCGUGCAAUAAUUGGGCAUUUCGCAACCAGGGCAGUUUCAGGUAAUUCAGGGCAGUUUUUGCCUUGUUGUUGGGAAAUCAACUAGGCCUUCUAGGCUUGCUUCCUCCGCCCCGCCCCCCAAUCACCUAGUCCCAGUCUUUUCAUGUGAAAAACCGCUGAAUACUAUUUUUAAAUAAGACUAGAAGGCCUAGGUCUAGGCUGCUCAGAGCCGUCAAUAGUCUAUCAUCCGAUCCCUGAGUUGCCGCAUCAUUUAAAUUACGCACGUGCAGUCUCCAAUUUUAUACUAAUAUAUUUAGCAUUUUUGUUGUGGUACGUUAAAUGAUAGAUUGCGCAUGCGUAACCGAUUAAAGCGUAAAAAGUGCGCAUGUGCAACAAGCUUUUACAUCCCACAAGCAAUGAAGCAAAUGUUUUAGCUUAAAUACGCUGAUUCCAAGUAGGGCAUGUUUGUCCAUUUUUAAAUGGGAGCGCAACUAUGCUAUUACAAACUAUAUCGGGAGAUUAGUGAUUAAAUGACCCCUUACCCUCGGCAGGUUUGCGGAAUUCCCUCGGACUUCGCCCUCAGGGAUUCCGCAAACCUGCCUCGGGUUACGGGGCCAUUUAAUCACUAAUCUCCCUCAAGCCAUGCUAUUACUUAUAAUAAAUAAAGCUCUGUAAUAUUAAUACUGAAAAUAUCUCGAUGCGUUUUGAGCGACGCAUACAGUAUAUACUGUAGUUAUACUAACAGUCUAACACGGUUAUAUCACAUAGAGAUAAUCGGUUAUCAUCUCGUAUCACGGUUUCUACAUGUCAGGAAGAGUAGAAUUCAAGGGUUUAUGUAUCGGGAAAUAUCAAGGACUAAAUAGCUGAAAAGAAGGCGUUGGAAAUCAGUAAAAAGUGACGAUAUAGUUGCGUUAAACAACAGUUUGUAAGACAUGAACAAAAUCAAUUCAACAAAUUAAAGACUUUCAAGCAAUUAUUUCAUCAAAUUGCAAAACUUGUAUUUUAACAAAGAAGUAAAAAAUAACCAUAUACUGUAAACCUUCGACUAUAAGCCCUGGGCUUAUAUACUUUCGUAAGCGAUUUUUGAUGGGCUUAUACAAGGGGGGGGGGACUUAUAUACGGGUGGGCUUAUACAUGGACGAUCUUUUGUGUUAGUAAUAAACAAGUCAGACAUAAACAAGUCAGUCAUAAACAGGGAAAUAAACGUGUAUUCAGCAGCGAUUACUGGGCUUAUAUUAAUUGGGGGACUUGUAUUCGGGGGGCUUAUAUUCGGGUGGGCUUAUGUUCGGGGGCAUAUUUGGAAUGAGGGUGAGCGUUAGUACAUGUGGUGGGCUUAUACACGGGGGCUUAUAUUUGGAAUGAGGUGAGCGUUAGUACAUGUGGUGGGCUUAUACACGGGGGCUUAUUUGGGGGGCUUAUAUUCGGGGGGGGGGGGCUUAUAGGCGGAUGUUUACGGUACAUGUACACAACACAGCAAGAAAGUUACGUUGGUUGGACGGGUGACCUGUGGAAUGUCACGUUUGAGAACACCAGAAAGGAAAACUAACCCAAACCAUCUUGGCAUUUUAAGACUCGGUGCCUGCAACCAGAGGCCUGGAUACAAGUAAUAUGGCAUUGUACUGUUUUUUUAUACUUUAUAAUACUCUUGUCCAAAACCACCACAUGCGUUAGAACGAAAUUCCUUUCAAUUUGUUAACGGACGAUUAAACCUUUACAAACAAACCGUGAUACGUGUUAAUGUAAAUACAUGUAAUUUGAUAAUAAACAAUCAAUUAGCCUUUCUCACACCGCCAUUUUUGGGGUACUGUAAUUUUUCGUACACGAUUAUAACAAUGUGGAAAGCAAUAUUUCAGAACAAACUAACUAUUUACAGAGUACAUUUACCAUCAUACACCCACAAAAUUAUAAAAUGUCGCCGUUACGUGGUGUUACGCUCGCAGGAUUGGCAAAAAAGUACCCCAAAAAUGGCGGCGUGAUAAAGGCUAAUUAAGUUCUAUUUUAUGUGAUCAAUAGAUCAAUAGUAGAUCACUCGUCUAAAUCUUUACCUGGAAAAUUUUGAGCAGGAGGCUGGACUAUAAUCAAAGUGUUUACCCUCUUAAAAUAAUAAAGUUAAUUUAAUUGAAGACCAAAACGUCGCCAUAUAAUUAACGCACCAUUUCAAAAUUAAAUAAAUAAAAUUAAAAUGUUCCAGGUUCAAUUCCAAAAUGGAUGGUUAAUAAGGUAGCAACAAAAACAGCACCAAAGGUAAUGACUUCAUUUUUAUACAUUCUAUACAACAAAAUAGAUGCAUUCUACAAUCGUUGACAAAACCCUUCGGGCAGUAGGGCUCCUGGCACCCUCUUAACCCCCGCGCCCCCCUUACAAUGUUGUGUUAUGGUAUUGUAUCAUCAUAAAUAGACAUUGCGAUACGUUCUCAAUGAAAACAUGUUACAGCAGCAUUGCUUGGUGUGGGGGCUAUACAGUAUUUGGCUAUUUAUGAAUCUUAAUUUGGAAUCCUUGAAUUUUUGACAAUGAUUGUCAAGUUUCCCGAACAUUUUUUGUCAAUGAUUGUAGAUAAAAGAUAAAAACAUAAAAUCUUUACACUAUCAGUACUAGUAACAGAGUGUACAUUUUUGAACUUAUUUGUUAUUAACGUGUGGUACAAUAGUAAAGGUUAUUAACGUGCAGUACAAUACUUAUGAAAGAGCCAUCCAGGGCAAUCAAUGACGUAAGAGGACUGAGCCCUUCAGUUACCAUGGCAAAAGUGAUUUGAAUUUCAUUUACCAAGAAAACUAAAUCUCGGCAAACAGGAGUUUACGUAAAAAUUCCCUUGCAAAUUUAGGUGGAUCAUGAGCCAUUGACACGGACGUCGGAUUAAAAACUGUGUUUGUGUCAGUUUGUGGUUAUAAUCUUCAAUACAUAUAGUAUGACAAAACAUAAUAUUUGAAGAAAUUCUUCGCCAUCGAUGAACUGCAGGGGUGGAGUUGCCAGUAGGGUUACGAUCUGACAAAAAAUUGACUGAUUUGAGACUAACCAGAAGUAGUGAUUAGCCAGGUAUUAAAACCUUGAGGCGAGGUUGAACUGCCAAGUAUUUAGUCAUACUACUGCAUUUUCGAGGGCAAAUUCGUACUAAAAAGAAAAUAAAAAAUUGUGCAAUUGGAAGACAACUUCAAACAUUUUUUGUGGAAAUCUUACUUCUGCAAAUUUGAAUUAUAUUUUUCUUCCUCUCUUGUUUUAUCUCCUGAUUCAGGAUCACUUUCUUCCCUCAAACCCCUGACUUUUUACCCCCCCCCCCCCCAGAGGAGGUAGUCUGCGAAAGUAACUCGUUACUUUCUGAGCGAAGAAUGAGCGUGGGAAAUGACGUCUGGGUUCGCAGACUAUAGAGUUGGGAGCAAACGGUAAUUAAUAUAUGCACGUCAGAUGAACUCAAGCUUUAUUUCUCUUUUAGGUGAUUGCUAAUUUCGCUGCCGCCGCUAGAAACUAUAGAGGAUGGAAAAUUAAAAAUAAUCCAAACUAUAAACCUUGGAUAAGAACUGACCAGAAUAAGUUACCUUUAGCGAAAUUGGGAGACUUUAAAUCCUCACCAAUGUUGGAUGAAAAUCUAUCACGAAAGUUAGACAGCGAAGCUCAUGCUCUUGCUGCUCCUAAUGGUGAUAAUUCAGACUAGUGCCAGUCUAUUUGCAUAUGAUGCAGAAGUCUUGUAUACCCCGCUACACACACACAAACCUUGAGGCAUGUACGUAUAGUGUGUACCGUACGUCAAGAGUCAAGAUACGCGUUUGAACGUACAAUCUCUCAAUUCCUUCUUAACAACAGUACAGACCAUUCGCAGAGGUAUCAUUAUACACGCUUAGCCUUUUCGAAUUUUAUGCAUUCUUUAUAAUAUACACAAAGGUAAAAGUUUCUGUCUGUUUUCAAAAUAAUUAAAGUCGAGGCUAUAUAAGUGUGUGUAAUGGUAUACACUUACGUAAUUCUGCAAAUGAUCAAUGAGAAAAACAAUUCGCCGCUGGGAAAUUAUUAAAUCCGUAUCAGAGAACUGGGACAGGCAAUAUAUACCCUCUUGCUGCGUUUAUUUUUUAGCACUAAAUGUGGUACCAUAAAUCUAGCCUUAUAUUUUUGGUAUCAGCUUUAAGUUUGUAGCGAUAGCAAAGAUACAGGAAGUAUUGGUUAGCGCCUCGCUUUUCUUCAUAAAUUUGUAUUGCCGAUCAAUGCCUCCUGUAUCUAUGCUUGCAAGUGGACAACAGUUAGCAAGAUUACAUUCUCAUAUUUAAACACAUCAAGAAAAAUAUUCAUGUUAUUGGUAUAUAUAAAUGCGUCUGGGACUUUUUAUUUUUCUCUGUAAAACAUUGCAUGCAACAACCAUGCGAUUAGACUUGCCAUAUAAGGACGCCUCAGAAUUUCCCGCUAGCUGUUAGCAGUAAAAUGACGUCAUGCGAAAGUCUACCAUGCGAUGUACUUAAGUUCUGCCUCGUAUGAAUUUUGUAACAGAAAUAUAUACAUUAUGUUGACUAACGUUGUAUGUAUUCUUUUAACACUAAUAUGUAACUUGAAUAAAUUUCGCUUGAAACAGAGCGAGUGUUUUCAUCUUGAG